AUGCCUCAAGGAGGAGCUAAUGAUACUGCUCAAGGUGAUGGAGCAAGUUCCAGUGACGGAAAUCAAGGAGAUUUCCAAGGAAAUUCGAAUAGGGUCGGAGGGCAAAGAGUUGUGACGUCAUCGUUUCAAAUGCCCACGAACAUCAAGGAAUUUCCCGCUUUGAGAGGAAAAUGGCGUCGUUGGCUUGGAAGAAUGGAGACAAUUUUUAAUCUGUACAAGAUUUCUGAAGACACGAUGAAGAAAGAAUGGAUUAUUUUCUACUUGAAUCUGGAGUCUUAUGAUCAGCUGUGUAAUAUUAUUACACCUAGGGAGCCGAAAGAUCUCUCGUACAAUGAGUUGAUUCAGAUUCUGGAGGAUUAUUACGAUCCAAAGCCACUGGAGAUCGUUGAGAACGUGAACUUCAGAAAGAGAAUCCAGAAAGAAGGUGAAAGUAUGGAUGAUUUCAUGGCAGCUUUGAGAGGUCUCACGAAAUAUUGCAACUUGGGAUGUAAUAGCUGUGACAAUCUCAACAAAUCCCUUCGAAAUCAGUUUGUGUUUGGAUUGUGGGACAAAGAUGUCCAAAAGAGAUUGCUGGAAAAGAAAGACCUCAGUUUGGAACGUGCUUUGGAGAUUGCUAAAUCCAUGGAAUCCUCCGAGAAGGGGAAGGAGGAUAUGACAGCAAAAGCAACCAAACAAGAUACAUUGCAGCUGGAGGCGACGGAUGUGCACAAGAUUCAACCAAAUGAGCAAAAGGAAAACAAAAAGGAGGUUAGGUGCUACCGUUGUGGGAUGAAAAAUCACCUGGCCAACAACUGCUUCCAUGAAAAUUCUACAUGUAAUCAAUGUGGACAAACCGGUCAUCUCCAGAGGGUCUGCAAGCAGAAGAACACCAAGAAAUCUGAGACCAAGGCAGCUGAGAAGAAAAUUCAACGAGUCAACGAAGUCGAUGACAUCUUGCACGUGGAGGAAAUCGUCGAGCCUAAGGUUUACUUAAAAUUCAAAUUUAUUAACAACAAAUCAGUUUCAGAUUUUGUAAAAUUCGAGGUUGACAGUGGCUCGGGCAUUUCUAUCGCGGGUUUAAAGUAUAAAGAUGAUUUUUUCCCUGAUGAAACUAUAAUUCCCACCAAGAAGGAAUUCUUGCAUUAUGGGGGAGGGAAAAUAGCAGUUGUGGGGUUCAUAAGGGUUUCAGCACUGAUUGGGAAGCGGGUGUUGCGGAAUGUGAAUCUGUACUUCACAGAAGAUCGCUUGAGACCCCCACUACUUGGAAGGGAAUGGAUCAAAAGAGCUAAAUGGGUUAAUUGGAACAAGGUGUUGCUUGAUAUUAGGCAAAUUGAAGCCCAGGAAAGUCAGGUUGAUAAGACUAAAUUGGUCUCUGAACUAAAAAAGGAUUUUAAGAGGGUAUUUGAGAAAACAACAGGGAAAAUUGAGGGGAUGCAAGCGGAACUAAAAUUACAAGAAAAUGCGAGUCCAGUGUUCCUCAAACAUAGAAAUGUCCCAAUUCCUAAAAAAGAAGCGGUGGAAAAUGAGAUCGAUCGUUUGGUUAGGGAAGGAAUACUGGUUAAAGUCAACCAGAGCAGGUAUGCGUCCCCUGCAGUUCCAGUUUUCAAAGCCAAUGGAAAUGUCAGACUUUGUGGAAGUUAUGACAUGACGAUUAACCCUCAAUUGAUUAUUGAUAAGCAUCCUUUACCUUCUGUAGAGGAAUUGUUUGCGAACAUGGCAGGGGGACAAAAGUUUUCAAAGUUAGAUCUCACUCAAGCAUAUUUGCAACUAGAGGUAAGGGAAGAGGACAGAGAGUUGUUGACUCUUAACACACAUAAGGGCUUGUACCAACCUACCAGGUUAAUGUAUGGGGUGGCUUCGGCGGUAGGAAUUUGGCAGAGACUCAUGGAUUCUGAAUUGCGCGAUAUUCCAGGGGUAUCAGUUUUUUUGGACGACAUUAAAAUUACUGGCCCGGACGAUAAGACCCACAUGGAAAGACUGAGAGAAGUUUUGGGUAGACUUGAUCGUCGGAACAUGAGAGUUAAUUUGGAAAAGUGUAGUUUUUUUGAGGACAAAAUUGAGUACUGUGGGUACACUAUCGAUAAAGACGGUAUUCAUAAGAGUCCUAAGAAGGUUCUCGCACUCGAGAACAUGCCGCGUCCGCAGACCAAGGAUGAAGCUAAGUCGUAUUUGGGAUUCAUUAAUUAUUACGCGCGCUUCUUUAAGAAUCUUAGCACGAUUCUCCACCCUAUUACUGAACUUACAAAAGAAAAUGAGCCUUUCAGGUGGACGGAGGAUUGCGAAAGGGCUUUUCUCACAGUAAAAAAAGAAAUGUCAAGUGAAAGUUUCCUUGUUCAUUAUGACCCGAAGAAAGAGCUAAUUUUGGCUGUAGAUGCUAGUCCUGUGGGAGUUGGGGCUGUGUUAAGUCACAAAUAUCCAGAUGGAUCAGAGCGACCAAUUCAGUAUGUUUCUCAGACACUUUCGAACACCCAGAAGAGAUAUUCCCAGAUUGACAGGGAAGCAUACGCGAUAGUUUUUGGUAUAAAGAAAUUUUACCAAUAUAUUUACGGGCGUCGUUUUACCUUGAUUUCGGACAAUCAGGCUUUAACGAAGAUUUUCAAUCCACAAAAGGGGAUUCCGGCUUACGCGGCUAUGCGUAUGCAACACUAUGCGAUAUUUUUGCAAGCAUUUGAUUUUGAUAUUCGUUUCAAGAAAUCGGCCGAUAAUGCUAAUGCAGACGUGUUUUCAAGGUUACCGGCGGGAAAUGAAAAUAAUUUUGAAAUGGACGAACCGGAAGUUCUUCAAAUAAAUUUGUUGAACACGUUGCCCGUUACUGCGGAGCAAAUUAGGGUUGAGACUGAGAAAUCUCGCGAGAUUGAACGUCUUAUUAAAGGGCUCCAAGACGGGAAAAUUGUUCCGCGAAAAGAUCGAUUUGAGAUCGAACAAACGGAAUUCAGUCUAUGUCGAGGUUGUCUAAUAAGAGGAACACGAGUGUAUAUUCCCCCGGUUUUGAGAGACAAAAUACUCCUUGAAAUUCACGAUGGUCAUUUUGGAAUGACGAGGAUGAAAGCAAUUGCAAGAGGGUACUGUUGGUGGCCAGGGAUGGACAAGGAUAUAGAAGAAAAGGUCUUGAAUUGUACGGUUUGCCAAGAAAACAGGUCAUAUCCGCCGAAAGAUUCUACUCAUGUUUGGGAGGAUUCUAGUAAACCAUUUCAGCGUGUACACGCGGAUUAUGCAGGACCAGUUCAGGGUAAAUAUUUAUUCAUCUUGGUGGACUCCUUUUCUAAAUGGCCAGAAGUAAAAGUUUGCAAUGAUAUGACUACUUCGACUACAAUCAAAAUGUUGAGGGAAAUUUUUGCAGUUCACGGACUCUGUGAUAUACUCGUAACUGAUCAGGGAAGACAAUUCAUGAGCCUAGAAUUUCGUGAGUUUUGCGAAAAGAACGGAAUACGACACAAGACGGGAGGGCCUUUUCAUCCGGCUACUAAUGGUCAGGCCGAAAGGUACGUGCGUACUAUCAAGGAAAAAUUAGAAGUAUUGAAAGAAGUAGAUAAAUCCGAACUAGAUCAGAAACUUUGCAGUAUUCUGCUAAACUACCGCCGAACUCCACAUGCCACUACGGGUGUUUCACCUAGUGUGAAACUUUUGAAUCGACAGAUUAAGUCAAGACUGGAUCUAAUUAUUCCGCGAGAAGACAUAGUAAAGAGCUCCUCCGAGGUUACCACGCGUAGGAAUUUUCAAGAGGGAGAAAGAGUUGCAGCACGUAAUUACGGUAGCUGGGGUUCCAAAUGGAAAUUCGGGAGGAUUUCACAAAGAUUGGGAAAAGUCCAUUACUUUAUCAAGUUAGAUGAUGGUAGAGAAUGGAAGCGGCAUGUUAAUCAGUUGAGAAAGGUAGGAAAUGACGUGAGUAGAACAGAGAAUGUCAGUAGUAGCAGAUCAGGGGGUGUUGAAGAAGAUGAGAGUAUCAUUGGUGAAGGUGAAGGGGUACCGGAAACUCCACAAAUCGAAAAUGCGUCUAACAGUCAGGAAGAGAAAGAGCAGGACAGUAUUAGAUUGGAGCAAGAUGAGCAGGAGUUAAACGAACAUAACCCUGUAGGUAAAGCUCGAUCAGUCUCAACUGAUAGUGAUGGGGAUUCAAGUGAAUUUGAAGAUGCUGAAGAUCAGCUGGGUAGUACAGAUGAAGAACCAUCGAAAGCGAUGUCCCCUCCCCAAUCUGUUGAAGUUUUUGAACCUCGUCGUUCACAAAGAAUAAUCAAAGCUCCGAACCGCCUUAACCUCUGA